AUGACCGAGGAAAUUACCAGGGAACACGCUUCCUCUUCUUCUCGACUUGACGGCCGGGUAGCAAUCAUAACCAGUUCCUCACGUGGCAUUGGCCGUGCCAUCGCCAUCCGCCUCCACUCCCUUGGUGCAAGGGUUGUGCUCAGUUAUGCUUCAAGCUCAACAAAAGCAGGUCUUCUAGCGUCUGAGUUCAAUGCCUCGUCUACCCUUUCUCAGCCUCAAGCAAUUGCAGUUCGAGCAGACGUUUCAGACCCAGAUCAGGUGAAGCUGCUCUUCAAUAGGGCUGAACAAGAAUUUGGCUCAAUCCACAUCCUUGUAAACUGUGCUGGGGUGCUUGAUCCCAAGUACCCAACUUUGGCCAAUACAACUGUGGACGAUUGGGAUAUGACAUUUAAUAUCAACACCAAAGGGUAUGCAGCUUAUGCAGCCUCCAAGGCAGCCGUAGAGACAAUGACAAAGAUUGUGGCUAAGAAGCUCAAGGGUAUGGGAGUGGCUGCCAACGCUGUUGCACCAGGGCCUGUGGUGAUUAGGGUGAAUGGUGGAUCUGUUGUUUGA